AUGUAUCGUGUCGUCGCAACCGCCUCGGCUCUUAUUGCCGCUGCCCGGGCUCAACAGGUCUGCACUUUGACCACCGAAACCAAGCCUGCCUUGACCUGGUCCAAGUGUACAUCCAGCGGCUGCAGCGAUGUCAAGGGUUCCGUUGGUAUUGAUGCCAACUGGCGAUGGACUCACCAGACUUCUGGAUCUACCAACUGUUACACCGGAAACAAGUGGGACACCUCCAUCUGCACUGAUGGCGCGACCUGCGCCCAGAAGUGCUGUCUUGAUGGCGCCGACUAUGCUGGCACCUACGGAAUCACUUCCAGCGGCAACCAGCUCAGUCUUGGAUUCGUCACCCAGGGUCCCUACAGCAAGAAUAUCGGCAGCCGAACCUACCUCAUGGAGAACGAGAACACCUACCAGAUGUUCCAGCUUCUGGGCAACGAGUUCACCUUUGACGUCGAUGUCUCUGGUAUUGGCUGCGGUCUGAACGGUGCUCUCUACUUCGUCAGCAUGGACGAGGAUGGUGGCAAGGCCAAGUACUCCGGAAACAAGGCCGGAGCCAAGUACGGAACUGGUUACUGUGAUGCUCAGUGCCCUCGUGAUGUCAAGUUCAUCAACGGAGUUGCCAACUCUGAAGGCUGGGAGCCCUCUGACAGUGAUGCUAACGCUGGUGUUGGUAACCUGGGCACUUGCUGCCCCGAGAUGGACAUCUGGGAGGCCAACUCCAUCUCCACCGCCUUCACUCCUCACCCUUGCACCAAGCUCACUCAGCACUCUUGCACUGGCGACUCUUGCGGUGGAACCUACUCUGAUGACCGAUAUGGCGGUACUUGCGAUGCCGACGGUUGUGAUUUCAACGCCUACCGCCAGGGCAACAAGACCUUCUACGGUCCUGGAUCCAACUUCAACGUCGAUACCACCAAGAAGAUGACUGUUGUCACUCAGUUCCACAAGGGCAGCAACGGACGUCUUUCUGAGAUUACCCGUCUGUACGUCCAGAACGGCAAGGUCAUUGCCAACUCCGAGUCCAAGAUUGCAGGCAACCCCGGUAGCUCUCUCACCUCUGACUUCUGCUCCAAGCAGAAGAGCGUCUUUGGCGAUAUCGAUGACUUCACCAAGAAGGGUGGCUGGAACGGCAUGAGCGAUGCUCUCGCUGCCCCCAUGGUUCUUGUUAUGUCUCUCUGGCACGACCACCACUCCAACAUGCUCUGGCUCGACUCUACCUACCCUACCGACUCUACCAAGGUUGGGUCCCAGCGAGGUUCUUGCGCUACCACCUCUGGCAAGCCCUCCGACCUUGAGCGAGAUGUUCCCAACUCCAAGGUUUCCUUCUCCAACAUCAAGUUCGGUCCCAUCGGAAGCACCUACAAGAGCGACGGCACCACCCCUAACCCCCCUGCCAGCAGCAGCACCACCACUGGUUCUUCCACUCCCACCAACCCCCCCGGCAGCGUCGACCAGUGGGGACAGUGCGGUGGCCAGAACUACAGCGGCCCCACGACCUGCAAGUCUCCCUUCACCUGCAAGAAGCUCAACGACUUCUACUCCCAGUGCCAGUAA